AUGCCAUAUGUGAUGAAUGGAAUGUAUGCCAAGACCAUCACAGCCUGGAGAAACAGGACUAUGCCAGCCACAGCAGAUAUGGGAGCUUCCAUUCAGGGUUUUCUCACCUCGAAAUAUGCUGUGCCCAUCCUUAUUCUCAAAUAUGCACUGGAGGUAGCACCCAAAUCCUAUGUUAUUCAUGAUUCUCAAAAGAUGAUGUGGGUCCUGAGUGGAAAUUCUUUAAUAGCACCUCCUCUUAGCAGAAGUGUUAAGCCUGUCACUCUUGCUUUAAUAGCCUGUAGAGACACAGAAUUUGGUGAUGAGAAAAAGGGUAAUGUAGUUUACCUGGGAAUCAAGGAAAAAGAGCUCUGUCUCUUCUGUGCAGAAAUUCAGGGCAAGCCUACUUUGCAGCUUAAGGAGAAAAAUAUCAUGGACCUGUACACGGAGAACAAAGCAGAGAAGCCCUUUCUCUUUUUCCACAAUAAAGAAGGCUCCACCUCUCUAUUUCAGUUAGUCUCUUACCCUGGCUGGUUCACAGCCCCCUCCUCCACAUCAGGACAGCCCAUCAUUCUAACCCAGGAGAGGAACAAAACUAAUAACACUAACUUCUACUUAUAUUCUGUGAAUUAA